AUGUUUUCGGUCUCUCCACAGUCCAAGGUUCCCUUCUGUACUAUGCAAUAUGAACGUUUAUUCAAUAGCUGUCGCGUUCCUGGAGAAGAGUGUGACAAGUUCUUCCACUGGGAUGAUGCAAAACAUGUAGCAGUUUACAACAGGGGAUGCUGGUUCAAGGUCAUCGUACACAAUGGAAAACGUUAUUUGGAAGCUUGCGAAUUACAAGUGCAAUUCGACGCAAUCUUAAAUCAGGAGAUUGCACCGCAUCCAGCCGAGGAAAAGCUGGCAGUGUUGACAGCGGGAGAACGUACUCAUUGGGCCAAAACUCGCCGCGCCUAUCUUCGCUCCGGUAUCAAUAGAACAAGUCUCAAUGACAUCGAACGUGCAGCUUUCGUUGUCAUUCUCGACGAUGAGGAGGUCUCAUAUGACAAAAAUGACUCCAGUAAGUUGGAUCGGUGGGCGCACAAUCUUCUUCACGGAAAAGGCUAUAAUAGAUGGUUUGACAAGUCCUUCAACAUAAUCGUUUCUAAAAAUGCGCAUGUGGGAGUGAAUACGGAACAUUCUUGGGGAGAUGCGGCAGUGACCGCCCAUUUUAUGGAAUGGAUGCUUCUACACGAUAUAAUGCUCACAGGAUAUGAUGAAAAUGGCAACACAAAAGGCGAACCUUCUCUCCGCCUGAAGCCUGAGCGACUCAAGUGGGAAAUUCCGGAACCGGCAGUGGCAGCCAUUGAAGUUUCUAUGAAGGUUGCGCAAGCGCUAAUCGACGACGUUGAAAUGGCUCUUUUGGUCUGGACUGAUUAUGGCAAAGGAUUUAUCAAGAAAUUGGGUGUUUCCCCUGAUGCUUACCUUCAGAUGGUUCUGCAAUAUACGUACUACAAGAAUCAACAAAAAUUCUGCUUAACCUAUGAGGCCUCAAUGACACGCCUCUAUCGCGAAGGUCGCACUGAAACAGUGCGGUCAUGCACAACCAAGUCUUCGGAAUUCGUGCUUUCCAUGCUCGACCCGUCAAAAACGCGUGACGAGCGCCUUGCACUUCUGAGAAAGGCAUGUGAUUAUCAUCAAGAACUAUAUCGAGAUGCAAUGUGUGGAAAAGGUGUCGACCGUCAUCUGUUUGCAUUAUAUGUGAUCAAACGAUACCUCGAGGAAGAGUCACCUUUCUUUGAUCGGGUUUUCCCUCCCACGUACCUUUUGUCUACUAGUCAAACUCCUUUGAAUCAAGUGGAUUGUGAAAAGUAUGGCAUGAAUGCUGAGCAGAGAAUGCGACUGACUACUGCUGGUGGUGGUUUUGGACCUGUCGCAGAUCGCGGUUAUGGAGUGUCCUACAUUGUUGCUGGGGAACACCAAAUUUCAUUCCACAUUUCCAGUAAACGAUCUGCUGAUAAUACGAGUUCGAAAGAAUUUCGUGAGGAGCUGAAGAGGUCACUGAGCGACAUGCAUGAGCUAUUCGUUGGCGACGCAAAAUGA